AUGCUACCAUCCAAUCCCAACGACACUCCACCAGCAUAUACACCAUCCCCGGAAUACACUUCCAAUGAAAAACCACAAUCCACCCUCCUCCUCACCCCAGAAUCCACCAAACCCGGCCUCGCCACAUCAUCAUCUCUCCUCCGCGGCCUGCAAGUCCCAUCCCGCUCCAGGGCCUGCACAUCCGGCUUCGACUAUCCAGACGAACUAGCCCACUACAAUAUCUCACCAGAGCAAUGGAGCCAAUUCACGCAGGUCGUCUGUGACGAAGCCAAACUCUCACGCCAGCAAUGGUCCACCGUUAUCGGCAAAAGUCUAGGGACAAUGGCAGUCGGUGGGCUGAUGGUUGGUCUGCUCGGCGCUAUUCCGGCUAUCUUUAUUGGACGGCUAGCGAAAAGUCGAGAGGAGCAGAGGAAUCUUAUUUACGCGUUGGCGGGGGCGGGGGGGGAGGCUCUUGCGAGGCAUAUUUCCGGGUGGAAUGAGAGGGGGGUUUUGAUUAGGGUUGAUUUGCCGGAUGAGGAUUUGGAGGAUUUGGAGGGUAUGGAUGUUUGGGGUGGUAGGAAGGGUCGAGAGAAGGCGAAGCGUAAGGCGAGGAUUGUGAUUAUUCCGCUUGAUGGGUCGAGUGAUUUAUGA